UCCAUUUCUGAUCGACUUCAUUAUUUGAGGUGACUCUUGCCCGCCUCUCAGUCUCGGUCACUAUCCACUACAGCCACCCACUACGGAGAGGACAUCGCGUCAUGAACCACAGACAGGACCCUCACCCUGCCGGACGGGAGCAUCAGUCAUACCUUACCGUCGAGUCUCCAUUAUCACAGAGGCAGCCAGGGCUAGGACAAAACUACCUCCCCCUCACGCCUGCGAGGGCUGCUCACUCGAGCCAAUGGCAACCAACGUUCUCGGAUCCGAUGCCCCAUCUGCCGCAGAACACUACGCCUCAGAAUACCACAUCGCAUCCCACCCGCCCAGCUUCACACAUCACACCAGAGAGACCGCCUGGUGACCAAGGACCAAGCUAUACCCAAGGGUCAAGCUUCCAUUCCACCCCGGAAUCCCAACUGUCAUCCCCCUAUCCUGUCCACAAUAUAAUUGUGCCACCAAGGCCUGGUUUCAAUGCUCACAACUCUCCGCCGUCGCACCCACUGCCAUGGGUGAUUCUGAACCCUCAUGAUCAGUGGAUAGACUCCGCUGCCUUCAACCCGGCGAGGCCUCUACACGUGUCGGCGGUUAGACCCUUAUCGCCAACGGCCCCGAACGAUCUUCAGUCCAGGCCAGGUCCCAUCAACACCCUGCACGAGCUAUUGAGCGUCACAGUAAACCGCAUGAAUGGAACAGCCUUGCUCGACAUAGGCUAUGACUAUGCCCUCAUCAAUGAGUCUAUCGCGAGAAGGCUCCGCUUGGAUUUGCAGCCCAUUCCGCAAGCAAGGAAACUCGGAAUUCUGACUCCGGUGGGCUAUAGAGAACCGACACACUGGGCGACCAUCACCUGUGAUAUCCCAGCACUGAGCUUGACGAACUAUACCCUUCACGUGCAGGCUGUCGACUGGCAAUUUCCUACUGCCUACGUGUUGAUACUUGGGAGAAAAGUCUGGGAGAAGGCAACCCAAGCUCCCAGUCAAACCACCUCCGGACCGGCUCCUCCGCCGCUCAUUCCCAAUCUCGAAAUGAUGAACCGGACGCAGCCAGAGCAUAUGAUGGUUUUCCAGCAUACACUCCCUGUUGGAAGCCGGAACUUGGAGCCGAGAGGAUCCCCAAUAUACCGCUCUGCCACUCAACAAGCACCUCAGAGAAGUCAACAUUUUCUCUCGGCGCCAAGCCAACGACCAGUACAUGACCCCUUUCUCGGUACACAAAGCAACCAGAGCGGGAGCACCGACUGGACAUCCGUAUCAGCCCCAAACUAUACACUGUCGAUGAAUUUGACGGCGCUGUCAUCACAAACCAGCGAUCAUGUCGGCGGCACAGUUGACGAUUCUUGGCCGGACGACAUGUGUGUGACAGAAAGUCGCACUCAGUCUCUGGUAUUGGACUAUCCAUCCAUGUCUGACGCAUUAAAUACUUCAGAUGACCUUUCCCUCAGCCUCUUGCGCGAAUAGCAGUGAGUGAAUCUUGCUAGGACGGAGAAGAGUGCUACAGAGUGCGCUGAACGAGGUAAGUGAAACUUGGAGGGAGUCUGGACUCUCAUUUGUACAGCAUC